AUGAGCGGCCUCACCGAAAGCGACUCCGCGCAGCUACAGGCUCAGCUCCGCCACGCUAUUGUCGCGUGCAACGAGCGAUGCCUCUACCAGUCCUCCAAAUGGGCGGCCGAGCUUCUCAAUUCUUUCGAGUCAACCGACCUAACCUAUGGCUCAGAUACGGAUGCUGAUUCUCCGGUCGAAGAAGAACCACCCACGAAGAAAAGUCCAUUUCCCUUGGAUCCCAUCGAGUCGUCGUUGGAGUCGAAAGAACUACACAAAUUCCUUCUUGCAAAAUCGUUCUUCGACUGUCGCGAGUACGACCGUUGCGCCGCCGUCUUCAUACCCGCAUCUGCAUCGGGCGCGCCCGCUCCGACUCCGUCGGCACCUUCACCAGCCAAGUCAAAGUCAAGUCAUAAGGGAAAAGCAAAGGCGAAGAGUUCAGAAGAUGCAGAGCCGGCGACGGUCUCACUGUCCGGGAUCAGCCAGAAGUCGUUGUUUUUGGCUCUCUAUGCGAAAUACAUGGCAGGGGAGAAGCGCAAGGACGAGGACAGUGAAAUGAUACUUGGGCCAGCCGAUGGUGGCGCAACAAUCAACAAGGAGCUCAAGGGCAUCUCCAGGAUACUGGAAGAUUGGUUCAAUGAGCGCAGCGCUGAAGGCAAGGAAAGCUCAGGAUGGUUGGAAUAUCUUUACGGCAUUGUCAUGGCCAAGAGCAAGAAUGAGGAACUGGCGAAGCAGUGGUUGAUGAAGAGUGUGCACUUGUAUCCCUACAACUGGGGUACAUGGCAAGAGCUAUCAUCUCUGAUCAGCUCGGCAGAAGAACUGAGCCUGAUCACGGAGCAACUACCUCGGAACCUCAUGACCUUCCUCUUCCACAUCUACACCAGCCAGGAGCUCUACCAAUCUACCGAGCAGAUCCACAAUGAGCUCACGCAGGUCCAGACCAUUUUCCCCAACAGUGCUUUUCUCAAAACACAACGAGCACUGCUCUACUAUCAUUCAAAAGAUUUUGAGGAAGCCGAAUCAAUUUUCUCCUCACUCCUUGUAACCGAUCCCUAUCGCCUUGACGCUCUCGACAACUACUCCAAUAUUCUCUACGUCAUGGCUCUCCGUCCGAAACUGGCCUUUCUCGCUCAACUAGCCACAGCCAACGAUAAAUUUCGACCAGAGACCUGUUGCGUGGUCGGCAACUACUACUCGCUUAAAUCUGAACACGAAAAGGCUGUCAUGUACUUCCGCCGUGCGCUCACACUGGAUCGAAACUUCCUAUCUGCGUGGACGCUAAUGGGUCACGAAUACGUCGAGAUGAAGAACACACACGCAGCCAUCGAAUCAUACCGGCGCGCAGUCGAUGUCAAUCGCAAGGACUACCGCGCAUGGUACGGUCUUGGGCAGACGUACGAGAUGCUCGAAAUGUACAGCUACGCAUUGUUCUACUUCCAGCGCGCAGCGAGUCUUCGGCCCUACGAUCCCAAGAUGUGGCAGGCCGUAGGCAAGUGCUUUGCAGAAGUCGGUAAGAUCGCCAAUGGAAUCCGCGCCUACAAGCGCGCGUUAGUCGCAGGCAGCUACUAUGACGGUGGCAGCGGCAGUUUCGGCGGCAACCCGGGCGAGGGCGGAGCGCUGGCAUCCGGCAUUCUCGAUCCUGAGACACUGUACCAGAUCGCGCUGCUGUACGAGCGCCUCGAUGACCGCGAAGAGUGCGCCGCAUACAUGGAGCUUUGUUUGGCGCAGGAGGAAGGACCAGAACCUGAUCCCGAUGACCCAAAUAGUCCAGGAAGCCUGGGCGACGGUGAGAGUUUGGGCGUCGGCGUAACACCGACGACGAGCAAGGCGAGGAUGUGGCUGGCUAGGUGGGCAUUCUUCAAUAAGGAUUACCAGCGUGCGAUGGAGUUGGCGAACGAGCUGUGUCAGGAUGGUGUGGACGUAGAGGAUGCCAAGGCGUUGGUGAGAGAUGUAAGAGCGAGAAUUGAGAGGGAGAGGGGGAAGGGCUGA